GUUCCCGUCCCAAUACAUGCGGAGCCAGCCAAAAAGUCACGGGACUCGCUGACGAGCCCCUCCUGCUCUGCUCUGCGCCGCCCCCUGCUCUCUGAAUCGUCGGAAUAUUUCUUUCUUCCCCAAUUCCGGCCGGAUUCCCCCUCCCAGAAUGGUGGGAUCAGACGCGCUGCAGUCCAUCGUCUACGCCCGUGGAUCGCUCCGCCUCCUUGAUCAGAGGAAGCUGCCGCUCUUGGUGGUCUACAUCGACGUGAAGGGCUCCGCCGAUGGCUGGAAUGCGAUCAGAGACAUGGUUGUCCGUGGUGCUCCAGCAAUAGCCAUAGCAGCGGCACUAGCGUUAGCUGUGGAAGUUUCUGGUCUAGAUUUCACUGGUACGCCUGCAGAAGCAGCUUCUUUUGUUUCCAAGAAACUGGAAUACCUUGUAUCCAGCCGACCAACUGCAGUGAACCUAUCUGAUGCUGCAACAAAACUUCAGACAAUUGUGUCGAAGACAGCUGAAAAUGCGAAAGAUGCCAAAGCUAUCUUUCAGGCCUACAUUGAGGCUGCUGAGACUAUGCUAGUUGAUGAUGUGGCUGAUAAUAAGGCUAUUGGGUCACAUGGAGCCGAAUUUCUUCAACAGCAGCUCGGAAAUUCAAAAAAUAUCUCUGUUCUAACUCACUGUAAUACUGGAAGCCUUGCCACUGCUGGUUAUGGAACUGCCCUUGGGGUUAUUCGUGCUCUUCACUCUGGUGGAGUUUUGGAGAAGGCCUUUUGCACUGAAACUCGUCCAUUUAACCAGGGAUCCAGGCUUACAGCUUUCGAGUUGGUUCAUGACAAAAUACCUGCAACACUGAUAGCAGAUUCUGCUGCAGCUGCACUAAUGAAACAAGGACGUGUUCAGGCGGUAAUAGUUGGCGCUGAUCGUAUAGCCACGAACGGUGACACGGCCAAUAAGAUUGGUACAUACAACCUUGCCAUUUCUGCGAAGCUUCAUGGUGUCCAGUUCUAUGUUGCAGCGCCCAUAACUUCCAUUGAUCUCUCACUCCCAUCUGGGGAACAAAUUGUCAUUGAAGAGAGGUCACCUAAGGAGUUGCUGAACUCUGAAGGUGGUCUAGGAAAGCAAGUUGCCGCCUCGGGUAUAUCAGUCUGGAACCCAGCCUUUGAUGUUACUCCAGCAAAUCUGAUUACUGCAAUCAUAACGGAAAAGGGUGUAAUCACAAAAUCUGAUGCUAAUGGAGCUUUCGACAUCAAUGGUUUCAUUCAGUCUGCGAAAUAAUGCUCUCCAGUUAGGCUCAUUUUUUUGUAUAUGGCAUAAAUGCGCUGGAGCAUCCUCAUCGUCCAAGUGAUGGUAGAUGGCUCAUGUUUUACUCUAUACAAUAAGAUUGCUCCUAGUGGCAAUGGAAAAUAAAGUUUCGGUAUCGGCAUGUGCUGUACUACGAGGAUGUGGCCACGCCUGCUGGGACUAAUAAAAACUUUCUUGAGAAA